AUGUCGAAUCCAAUUGCUGACACAGCAGACUACUUUUCAGAAAAAGAAGAACAACGACCUGUGAAUAAAAAUCUAACAAAACCGGGAUUACGUAUCUUUCCUUCUCAACAACAUUCUUCUACUUACCAUGAAAACGACAUUUUGUCGCCAGAGUCACCCGAGAGCCGUAGACCUCAUCCUCAACAGCGUAAUUUAUCUGACUUCGAUCCUAAACUACAAUGGCAACGAGUCUUGAAACAUUUACCUCGACACCAUCCGAGUCACUUGAAUCGAGAACAAGUAGAAUAUGUAUCUGAUGAUAAUUAUUCAACAGAAGAGAAUCAUGAAAUGAGACGCUAUCAUCAAUCAUAUAAUGAUCAAGAUGACGAGUUGCCAGACACAAAUCAUUUGCAUCAACAAGAAGAAACCAAUGAAGAGAGUGACAUCAUGACUCAACCACAAGAAAAACAGCAACAUGAGCCUGACAAUUAUUUCGUCAAUCCUUUUGAUCAUUCAGCCAGUGACACGAACUCAAAGACAACAGAAGGCACUGAAGCACCAAUCACUCCUCCAUUACCUGAUGCUGUUGGCCAAGGCAGUCAGUCUGUCCAUCCAAUUAGUACGACAAGCACAAGCAGUAACAGUAGCGGUGGUAACACAAGUACACAGCUCAAUCAGCCUAUUGAAGGAAAAGCUAAAACACAUUGGAGCAAAACACUUGACAAAGUUCGACUUAUCGCUAAUUUACAAGCAUUGCCUCUUCAAUUAAAAGUAGGCGACCUCAAUUCGACUUCCCCUCUUGUGCCCUAUUAUCCACCACUGUUUGACCCAGUCUUUAUUGCUCUUUCUAAAGAUCAACAUGGAAAUCCUUGGGUUGCUAUCACUGAUUCUGCACUUUCAACGCAAGGUAUCAAUCAAUGGGUAUUUCGUAUCGAAUUACAGUAUGGCGAUCUGAAAUGGGUCAUUAAGCGUACGAUUGCCGACUUUGUCAGUCUUCACUAUACCCUUAAAUUCAAGUCCAGCAUAAGCGACUCUGUUCCAAGUCCUCCUCGUUUUCCUAGCCAAUUGGAAUCUUGGUUGAGCUCAGCUAAAGGUACCAUUGGCAUAGUAGAUUCAGAACGCGGUGAAGACGACGAAAAAUACCAAAUUGCACUCAAGCGUCGUAAAGCAUUAACAAAAUACCUUAGAAAACUCUUAAUCCGUGCUCACAUGAGAGCCAAUUAUGACAUUUGUGAAUUCUUAGAAAUUUCAGCUGCCAGUAUUGUAGAAGACAUGGGCUGGAAAGGUAAAGAGGGAUUCCUAGAGCACAAGGUCAAUUUCGUUGUGCCUCGCCUAUGUCAUGUCUUGAAACCACAUUUAUGGAAUACACAGUGGGUGUUAUUGAGAGAUUCCUAUGUUGCUUUUAUUUCAGGUAUUGCUUCCAAGCAAAUAAACGAUGUGUUUUUAUUUGACAAGUCGUUGGUUGUCAGCAGUAAAGCACCAGGUAUUUUGGGUAAAUACCAUAACCAUAUUGUCAUGGAAAAUAAGUUUCGCCGAAUUGAAUUGAAGGGAAGCAGACGAGAGAUUGAAGAGUGGAGAGAAAGCAUCGAUCGUGUCUUGACAAACAGUCCUUGGGUCAAAAAUCACAGGUUUGGUUCAUUUGCACCUAUUCGACACAAUGCCAAAGUUAGAUGGUUUGUUGACGGUGAAGAUCAUUUUAAUGCUGUUGGAGAAGCUAUUUUGUCUGCAAAAUCUGAAAUUUAUAUUAUGGAUUGGUGGCUAUCGCCUGAAUUGUAUCUUCGAAGACCUCCUGAAAAAAAUCAAGAAUUCAGAAUCGAUAGACUUUUAAAGCGAAAAGCUGAAGAAGGCGUCAGGAUUUACAUAAUAGUUUAUAAAGAAAUGGCUGUCGCUUUAACUAUCAAUUCUGCUCAUACAAAGUCAUGGUUACAAAGCUUGCAUAACAAUAUCAUUGGUAAACUACAUAUGGUACGACAUCCUGAUCACCGUUCCAUUGACAACAAUGUGUUAUUUUGGUCUCAUCAUGAGAAAAUUGUCAUUGUAGACAAUCGUCUGGCUUUUCUUGGUGGCCUUGAUUUGUGCUGGGGUCGCUAUGAUUCUCAUAAACAUCGUAUCACUGAUUAUCCUGCUGAAGGCCAUACAGAUCAGGUCUUUCCCGGCCAAGAUUAUUCAAAUCCUCGUGUCAAAGAUUUUGCUAAUGUAGCUCAAUAUGACUUAACACUUGUUGAUAAAAACAUUAGCCCACGCAUGCCCUGGCAUGAUAUGACAGUUGGUAUGGUAGGUCCUAUUGCUCGUGAUGUUGCUCGACACUUUAUCCAACGCUGGAACUUCCUGAAAGCUAGCAAGGGUAUGCAUCGUCCUACUGUACCGUUUUUGAUGCCAAAAGGUGAAUAUGUGGCUGCUCGCGAUGAGUCCUCAUUCAAAGGGACAUGUCGUGUUCAACUCUUACGUAGUUCUGCUCAAUGGAGUUCUGGUAUUGAGCGCGAGCACUCUAUUUAUAAUGCGUACAUGGAAUGUAUUAGCAAAUCAAAGCACUUCAUUUACAUUGAAAACCAAUUUUUCAUCAGUUCAACCACGCAGGAUAAAUUGUUGCGAAACAAGAUUGCACAAGCUAUUGUGGAGCGUAUCAAGCGUGCUCAUGCCAAUGGCGAAAACUACAAGGCAUUCAUUUUAAUUCCCUUGAUUCCCGCUUUUGAAGGUGAUUUAUCCACAACAGAUGCUGCUGCUGCUCGUAAUGUCAUGCACUUUCAAUACAUCACUAUUUCUAGAGGUGGAAAUUCCAUUAUUGAAAAGCUCAGAGAAGCAGGCAUUGAUCCAUCAGAAUAUAUUGGCUGGUACAGUUUACGUAACUGGGAUAAACUUGUGCCUGGUAAAAAGACAUCCACCAAUACGCCACCUGCUUUUCCAGAAGAAAGACCAGAAGGUUCAGACAGUAGCUCAAAUACAACUACUUUCAUUUGGGAUGAUAAUGAUCGUGAACAUUAUGUGAGUGAAUUGGUUUAUAUCCAUGAUAAACUAUUGAUUGUGGAUGACCGUAUUGUGUUGGUUGGCUCAGCAAACAUCAACGAUCGUUCUCAACUAGGUAACCGAGAUUCAGAAAUUGCCAUGUUGAUUGAAGAUACAGAAAUGAUCCCCUCAUUUAUGGACGGAAAGGAGUACAAAGCUGCCAAAUUUGCUCAUUCAUUACGUAUGCAACUCUUUAAAGAACAUCUGGGUCUAUUAAACUUCAACGACUGGGACUCACUUAUGAAAGGAGAAGCACGAGUAGAGCCUAAUGUUGAAGUAGACGGUGAUAUUGUAGAAGAUCAUCAUACAAGCGAACGCAUCACAGAAGAAGAAAUCCGCACGUACGAAUCUGCUGGGCCCAAUAUGGUCUUGAAUAACGAAAAGCGCUCAGGCGAUAAGCCUAUUCAGGCCGAUGAAACACAAAUCCGUUUAGAUGCUAAAGCACUUGACCCUCUAACUCCUCAUUGUCACCGUGAUAUCUGGAAUGCAACAGCAAAGAACAAUACGCUUAUUUACCGAGAGAUAUUUAGAUGUGUGCCUGAUGAUACUGUCCAUACAUUUGAACAGCACCGCAAAUUUGUACCUGAUCCAGCCAAGGUCCCACACGCUCAUGUGGCCAAUCCUGAGCUGCAUGGAAGAGACAUACGUCAGAAAUUAGAGCGUGUACGUGGACACUUGGUUCAGUUUCCCUUUGACUAUCUUAAGGAUGAAAAUAUGCUGGGCUCUUUGAUUCGCGAAACUGUAACCCCUAUGAUUAUCUUUACAUAA